AUGCUGCAAGUGAUGCAGAUCAACCGACAACGACAGCCAUCAAGAGCAGCUCCUCAAACAGCGCUUCUGAAGAAUCGGAAUCUAUCAGUCGGCAUGCUUCAGCUUCCUUCGAAUAUCACCAUCACAGAGUCGCUGCCAACUGAGAUGGACAUGUCUAAAUUUGUUUCCUGUCUCUGUAGCCCUUUACCGGUGUCCCAGACUGUCUCGGGGAAAGGAGGAGGCAUCGUCGUGGAGUUCGAGUGCCAGUCUUGCCAGUCAAGGCGGCUCCGAUUUGAGUCAUCUCUCUCCCUUCAGACUUCUCGCCGACUCGUCAACAGCAUAUUGCUGCAAGUUGCUUCGAUAAUUGCUGGACUCACGUACAGCCAAUAUUAUCGAAUGCUUGGAAUAAGAUGUGCGGCAGGACCAUAUAUGAAAUGUCGAAAAAGGAUCCAGGAGAAGUGGGCUGCAUAUCCCGUGCCAUCACAACGAAUGAUGGUGCAUGGCCAACUAGGGGAUCCCACACAUGGGAGAGACAAGGUUUGCAAGGUUCCUCUCUAUGGAGGAAUGUCUAAAUCAGCAGAGGGAUUUCAGUACUUGAAAGCUCAUGGAGUCCACGUUGAGGUAAAUUGGCAAGAUAAGGACAGUACAAGUAAGCUCAGCUUCCGAGAGGCCUACCCUGACGAAGCAGCAUCCAAAGUCAUGAUUUGUGAAGGUCAUGCAGCUAGAUCUCAUACUAACAUACUUCAGAAGGAGUCGUAUAUUGUUACGACGGGUCCCUGGAGGGGCUGGAGCAGUGAUUUGCUCGAUUUGCUGUUGCGGUUGGAGGGGGAGUGGAAGGAACUGUACCGUCGACGUGUUGGAGAAAGCCCCGCACCUCGUUGCUAUUCGGACCAUAAGGACACUGAAAUCCACCGGGCCUGCGGUGAUGGAAGUGACCCCGCCCUGUACUUUCGUCGUGGAUUAGAUUGGUCCGAGUCAACGACCGGGUGUCUGGCAGAUACACUGCCUCAGCCGGCGUUCCCCAAGGCUACGUCCUUGGCGCCACUCCUACUCCUCGCGUACGUCAACGACCUCCCCAAGCACAUUUCCGGGACUGCAUACGCCAACCAAUAA